CUCCAAGACGGAUUCCAACACAAUCGCGAUUACGCCGCCAAUAAUGCCGCUGCUAUCUGUUAUGUCAUUCCUAUCGUUGCUUUCGGUUUCAUCGGUAUCGAGGCAGUUGCAGUCACGGCAUUUGAAGCUGCGCCUCAAUCUUUACGACGACCUUCUAAGAGUAUCGCAUACUUUGCGUCAUUCUUGUACUUGAUCUGUAUGCUCAGCCAGACCUUCAAUGUUGACUGGGAGGACGAUUCCCUGCCUCCCAUCUACAACGGCAUUGGUGAGACCAAGAGGGCUGCAAACAAUAACGAAGAAACUGCGACACAUAUGCUCGCAAUCAUAGCUCUGCAGCAGUGGAAGAAAAGCUUUCUCGACGAUUUCUUGAAUGGGGCUAUCAUCUUCAGCGUGCUUUCUGCGAGCAAUACGGCUUUGUACAUUGCAUCACGUACGCUUUAUGGAAUGACACUUCGAAUCGACGAUGGAAGCUGGGUCGCUAAAUGGCUUCAUGAUUUCUCAAAGGUCGACCGCACUACGGGAGUUCCACUCCCUGCUCUUGUCAUGUCAUGGAUCGCAUUUCUCUGGGUCCCCUUCCUGAGCCUAGUGAAUCAAAGCUAUGUUCCAUAUAUGAUCGAGAUUAUACAAACAGCAUCAAGCGUUGGCUGUUUGAUUGUAUGGGUCGCGCUGACCUUCGCAUACCUUCGAUAUUGGAACUGGUGUAAGAGGUUCAACCACUUGUUAGGUCCUAGUGAAUACUAUCGGAAGUUCCAAAGAAACGACACGUACAGUCCACACACGAUGUUGAUCUCUCUCCAGCCAUGGCCUGCCAUAGUGGGUUUUGUGGGCUGUUUAGUGGUGUUUGUGUUUUGCAGCACCACGUGGUGGUAUUCGAAAGUCACUGGACCAAAGGUGCUCAUCGCAUACGCAGCACAAGUCAUUGUGCUCUCUAUAUUCCUCGUUCUGAAAGCAAUUCGGUACCAGCGAUUUCGCACUUUCAAGUCCCAACGGUCCGAGCAGGGUGGCUACGAUGGUUUCACUGAGAGGCUGAAACAAUUGGAGAUGAAAGUCACAGAGUUCUCUACGGAUGCGGCGAACCCAAGCGAUCGGUCUUCAACGCAUCCAACAACUGGAAGCCAGGCGAUACAACUUGGGUCCGUUGUGAGCCAUGGUGAUCACUGA